AACUGCAGUAUCAAACCUUAAGAAUUUUGUUGCUUCGUUGUCUUCUCUCUUGAAAGACAAGUUUAGAAUAUUUUACAGAAAUUUCGGAGUAAAAUAGUUCGUUCAUAAAGACAGAACGAAAUUCAUAUUGGAAUAAUUAACUGAAGAUGGAUGCUACAAACCCAUCACUGCCUGAUGAGAUGAUACAGGCAAAUACUGAAGAAACCGGGAAUCAACAAAAUCCUGAAAAUAAACCUUGGAGUAAAGUAACUGAUAAGGAUGAAUCUGUGUCUCUGGAGUGUACUGUAUCCCCAAACAUAGAAUCGUUUGUAGAACAAUUACCGCCAUCACAGACGCAGUUAAAUUAUUUUCGGCAGAAUUGUAUGCAUGGCAAGAAGAAGAUGAGAAUUGAUGAUGAUGACGAUGACUGCGAUUCCAUGGGAACGAGUGCUCAGAAUAUUACCGAUGAUUGUGAUGCUUUCUGUAAGUUCGUUGCCAUGAAACUACGACAAAUGACAAAAAUGCAAAAAACUAUGGCACAAAGGCUUAUAUCUGAGAUUUGCUUUCGAGGAGAAAUGCAGAUGUUGCAGAUGAACACAAUCAUAGGGAAUAAUGCUCCAAUUUAUCAGCAAAAUCUACCACAGUGCACGUACGCAUCACGACAUCCGCACCUGAAUCAAGCGUUUGGAAAGAAUCAAGAUUAUAUUUUAGUACAUCAACAAGCAUUUCGACAUGUUAAUCCUGUAUCUGCAACUCCUGGAACUUCUUGCCCAAAUUACAUGCCGCAGCAACAGGAUAGUUCUGGAAUUUCAGUCAACCAUUUUGAGCAGUAUAAUGGCAACUAACUGAAGGAGAUUUUUGUUAUGUUUGAAAAAUUUGGUACGCUAUUUUGAAAAGAUAUUUGCGUCAAGAAGAAUAAAUAAGGAUAAGCAAUUGAAUUGAAAUGGUAAAGAAACAAUAAAGCAUUUGAUUAAUAUGACUUCUGUACAUUAACAUUCGAGAGAUUUGACUUUUUUUUUUUUU